AUGCGGUUCUCUCACCUCUUCUCGUCAGCGAUCGCGCUUGCGCUCGCGACCGUCGUUGUUGCUGACGGUGCUUCCGAUGUGCUCAGCCUCACCGCGGACAGCUUCGACUCCGUGGUUAACCCAGAGCCCCUGAUCCUUGUCGAAUUCUUCGCGCCAUGGUGCGGUCACUGUAAGGCCCUUGCGCCGCACUAUGAAGAGGCCGCCACCGCGUUGAAGGAGAAGAAGGUGAAGCUCGCAAAGGUCGACUGUGUUGACCAAGCAGACCUGUGCCAGGCCAACGGCAUCCAGGGUUACCCGACAUUGCGGGUGUACCGCAAUGGCGACCACACCGACUACACUGGCCCUCGCAAGGCCGAUGGGAUCAUCGCUUACAUGGUCAAGCAAUCUCUCCCUGCUGUGUCUGACGUCACGCCGGACAACUUCAACGAGUUUAUCCAAGCGGACAAGAUUGUUGCGGUCGCAUACCUACCCUCGUCUGCUGACGCUCCUGGACCCGAGUUUACCGCAACAGCGAACAAGCACCGAGAUGACUACCUGUUCGGCUCCACAACUAACAGUGCUCUUGCUGAGGCUGAGGGCGUCUCUCCGCCCGCUAUCGUCCUAUACCGCGCCUUCGACGAGCCGAAAACCGAGUACCCCUACCCGAUCGGCUCCGCAAAGGUGAAGGACAUCGAGAAGUGGAUCAAGGAGCUCUCGAUCCCUGUCAUUGAUGAGGUCAACACGGAGAACUACCAGAUGUAUGCCCAGAGCGGCAAGCCGCUCGCGUACCUCUUCCUUGACCCGACCGACUCGCUCCACGACGAGUACAUCGCCUCAUUGCGUUCCGUCGCGACGAAGUACAAGAACAACGUCAACUUUGUGUGGAUCGACGCGAUCAAGUUUGGUGACCACGCGAAGGCGUUGAACCUGAACGAGCCGAAGUGGCCGAGUUUCGUGAUCCAGGACCUGCAGAAGCAGCUCAAGUUCCCGUACGACCAGAGCAAGGAAUUCCAGGCAGAGGAGAUUGAGAAGAUGGUGGCAGAGUACGCCGAGGGCAAGCUCCAGCCGCAGCUCAAGAGCCAGCCGAUUCCGGCGACCCAGGACGAGCCUGUCUUCAACCUCGUUGGCAAGCAAUUUGACGAGGUUGUCUUUGACGAUGAGAAGGACGUCUUCGUCGAGUUCUACGCAAGCUGGUGCGGUCACUGCAAGCGUCUCAAGCCCACCUGGGACUCGCUCGGUAGUCACUUUGCAAAUGUCAAGGAUCGGAUCACCAUUGCGAAGAUGGAAGCACAGGAGAACGACCUACCUGCUGACGUGCCCUUCCGGAUCUCUGGGUUCCCCACCCUCAAGUUCAAGCAAGCCGGUUCUCGCGACUUCAUCGACUACAACGGCGAUCGCUCACUGGAGAGCCUGGUCGCGUUCGUCCAGGAGACCGCAAAGAACCCACUCGACGCGAACGUCCCCUUCAAAAAUGACUCCCAGCAGCAGCACUUUGAGGCUGUACCUGAGCACCAUGAUGAGCUCUGA